AUGCCGAAACGACGAGAGCGGUCUACAUCCCAGGAGGAGGUCCUGAAGCAUCCCUCGACGAAACGAGCCAAGGAAAUCGAUGCCGACCCUCCCUUGGGGAUCUUAUUACAACACAUGGACAAGCAAAAGGGUAGCACAACAACUCGAAAUGUGCUCCACUGGUUUCGGAGUAAGGAUCUCAGGGCCGAGGACAACCGUGGAUUGUCAGCCGCCUCCGCGAAGGCCAGAGAAGGAUCAGGCUCGCUGCUCGCCUGUUUCCUUUGGUCUCCAAAGGACAUUGCAUGGCAUGGUACGAGUCCUGCAAGGACGGACUUUAUGCUGGAAUCCCUGCGGUUGCUUCAAGAGCAGCUCCAUAGCCUAAACAUUCCUCUCGUCAUAUUAACGGCCGAAAGCCGUGAGGAAAAGGGCCAAAAGGUUCUCAACCUCAUCAAGAAGCAUGACAUCAGCGAUGUGUUUGCGAAUGUCGAGUACGAGGUGGAUGAACUGCGGAGGGAUAUCGACAUGUUUGAGAAGUUGAAGGAGGACAAGUCCGAGGUAUCCUUUCAGCUCCUCCACGACCAGACUGUCGUGGAACCAGGUGCUAUCAAGUCCGGCUCGGGCGGACCUCUGAAGGUUUUCACGCCAUAUCAUAAAGCCUGGCUCGCCAAGGUGGCCGACGAGCCCAAGCUCCUCGACCUGGUCGACCCGCCAGCGGCCAACGACAAGAAGACCCAUAAGGAGUUCAAGGACCUCUUUAAUACCAAGAUCCCGUCUUUGCCAGACGCGAGCAAGUUCGCGUCUGACGAGGACAGGACACACAUCCGCAAGCUAUGGCCAGCGGGCCACAAAGCCGGCCUGAAUCGGCUACAGGAUUUUCUCGACAACAAGGUCAAGACAUACAAGACCAACAGAUCAAUCCCAGCGACAGAUAACUCCAGCCGGCUAUCGCCGUACUUCGCCUCUGGGGUCAUAUCCGUCAGGGAAGCCCUCAAGGCCGCACGGGACGCCAACGAUGGAGAUGGAUUCGAUUCUGGCGACGCUGGAAUUGCGAGCUGGGUCCGCGAGGUCGUUUUCCGAGAGUUCUACAGGCAGACGCUGACACAUACGCCACACGACGCCAUGAACAUGCCACACAAUUUGAAGUUUGAUUUCGUGCAGUGGGAGGAUGACGAAGAGGGGUGGAAGAAAUGGUGCGAGGGCAGGACCGGUAUGCCGUUUAUCGACGCUGGUAUGAGACAGCUGCGGAGCGAGGCGUACAUGCACAACCGGCUGCGGAUGAACACCAGCAGCUACCUACGAACGAACCUCCUGAUCGACUAUAGAAAGGGAGAGCGGUUCUUUGCGGAGAACCUCGUAGACUGGGAUUUGAGCAACAACACACAAGGCUGGGAGCCGAGCUAUACGGUUUUCAAUCCCGUCGUCCAGGCUGAGAAGUGUGAUCCGCACGGCGAUUACAUCCGAAAAUGGGUCCCAGAGCUGAAGAACGUCGAGGGCAAGGCGAUAUUCGACCCCUUUAACAGGAUGAGCAAGACAGAUUUUGAGAAGCUGGGCUAUCCUGCUCCGCAUGUGGAUUUCAGGGAGAGUAAAGACAGAUGUAUGCAGAGGUAUAAGCAGGACAUGGCGGAUGCUGACCCCUGA